AUGUGUAAAUAUUUAGGAGCUAAUUUAAGUACGAGUGAAUCUAGGUUUUUUUUUGAACAUCCAGUUUCUAAAGAACCAGUUUUUAUUUUUUAUGAUGCAUGUCACAUGAUAAAAUUAAUAAGAAAUACUUUUGGGGAUAAAAAAUUACUAUACAAUGAUAAAAACGAGGAAAUUAAUUGGGACUAUAUUAAAAAAUUAUAUGAUAAAGAAAAUAAUGAAGGCUUAAAACUUGCAACUAAAUUAUCAAGAAGGCAUAUUUUCUAUUUUAACGAGAAAAUGAAUGUUAAACUUGCAGCCCAAGUUAUGAGUAAUAGUGUUUCAAAUGCACUAAAAUGUUGUGAUCAUUUAGGAUAUAGCAGUUUUAAAGGGAGUCAAGGUACUGCUGAAUUCUGUGGUUUAGUAAAUAAUGCGUUUGAUAUUAUGAAUUGUCGCACAAAAUUUUCUAAGAACCCAUAUAAUUUGUGUUUGGACAUCAACACAAUUAAUAAAUAUAGAGAAUUUACAGAAAUAUUUGAAAAAUAUAUUUUUAAUUUAAAGUUCCAAAAUGGUCAAAGAAUAAUCGACUCUAAUCGAAAAACUGGGUUCAUUGGUUUAGUUUAUGGUCUAAAAAAUUUGUUAAAUUUAUAUGAGUAUCUAAAUUCAAAAUAUGGCUUAAAUUAUUUACUGUCUUAUAAACUUUCACAAGACCAUAUUGAAACUUUUUUUAGUGCUGUUAGAAUGAGAGGGGGUCAUAACAAUAACCCAACUUGCAAACAGUUUUUUACAGCUUAUAAAAAACUUCUUGUACACAAUCAAGCAACAGGAUCACAGUACGGAAAUUGCCUAGCAAUGUUAGAUCCCACUGAACUAUCUGUAGUUAAUGUGGGACCCGAUUCUAUUACAAGCCAAAUUAAUGAGACAGAUGAAGCUAUAGUGGUAGAGCAUGACCACUCAUAUUUUCAAUCAUUAAAACGUUUAUCCCCUUUGGUUGAAAACAUUAGUGAGUAUAUAGGAGGAUUUGUUGUAAAAAAAACUUUGAAAAAAAUUAACUGUGCUAUUUGUCAACAGUCUUUGUAUAAAACGUUUACUAAUAAUAUAUUAAUUAAUUUGAAAGACAGGAAUGAUGCAUUAAUAAAACCAUCUAGAGAUGUAGUAGACAUUUGUUUAAUAGCUGAAAGGGUUUUUAGAAGUUGUGACAAUAUUUUCAAAAAUAAUAUUAAAAAUAGUUUAUUCACUAAAAUAAAAAGACAUAUAUACAGCAGUACCAAAAAAAUUUUUCAGGAAUUAGAUGAUCAUUGUUUAAGUCAAAAUCUAUUUAAUAACCAUAGAGACCAAUUAAUAGCACUUAUUAUUUAUAUAUAUUUGGAUGUCAGAUUACACCAUGCAGCUAAAGAAUCUAAUCAUAACAAAAUUAAAUUGAGGCAAAAAUUAACAAAAUUAAUUCUUUUUCGCAAUGAAUAA